CCUCCUUCUUAUGUUUCAUCACUAAAACUUAUAAAAAUAAUAAUAAUAAAUAAAUAAAGAAGUUGUAUUUUUUUUUUUGUUUGGUUGCAAUUACCAUUUCCGAUUCCCAAUUUGUAGUGCUAAAGCGAUCUUCUACUUGUUCAGUUUUGCCGUAGCUUUUCCUCAAUGGCUUCUUUGCUCUAAAUAACUCAGAGAAAUCUCGAGGAAAAAAACAAAAAGGAGCGAACUUUUGAUUGCCAAAAAAAAACAUUUUUUUAUUUAACUUUGGUCGAUCAUGGCGGUUGCUGAGAAUGCACCAAAGUUCGACGAUACUGUAGCUGUAUCAAAGGAAAAUGAUGUGGAAAAUCCCAUCAAACCCAGAAAUGAUGAUUCCUCGGGGGUCUUGAGUCUAAAAGAGACUGAUUUUCAGGCGAAGAACGGCGACGACGGCGACGAUCAGAAGAAUUCUGAAAUGGGUCAGAUGCAAAAUGGGUAUGGAGGUGGCGGUGGUGAUGGGGACGAGAGCUUCAAGCAGGACAUGAGAGAUUUGGAGGAUUUGCUGUCAAAGCUCAACCCCAUGGCCGAGGAAUUUGUGCCUCCUUCGCUCGGCAAAAUCCAUGGCUACCCUAAUAUUGCUGCUGGAUUUGGCUAUGCUGGCAAUAUUUUGUUCCACAUUAACAACCCUGCCAAUGCUAAUGGACUUAUGGGUAGAAAGCUGAAGAAUGGAUAUACUCAAGGGAGGAGAAGGAACUAUCACAAGUUGAGUCCGGCGCAACGAGAGGCGAUGGUCAGGAGGACUGUGUAUGUAUCAGACAUUGAUCAACAGGUCACUGAAGAAAACCUUGCUGCUCUCUUUCUCAAUUGCGGACAGGUGGUUGAUUGUCGUGUUUGCGGCGAUCCAAACUCUAUUCUUCGUUUUGCUUUUGUCGAGUUCACGGAUGAAGAAGGGGCAAGGGCUGCUUUGAAUCUGUCGGGAACGAUGCUCGGCUAUUACCCUGUGAGAGUUCUGCCUUCCAAAACUGCAAUAGCACCCGUUAAUCCAACAUUUUUGCCGAGGUCGGACGACGAACGCGAGAUGUGCUCGAGAACCAUUUACUGUACAAAUAUUGACAAGAAGGUUACUCAAGCAGAGGUCAAGCUGUUCUUUGAAUCACUUUGUGGAGAGGUUCAGCGCCUGAGGCUACUUGGAGACUAUCAUCAUUCUACUCGUAUUGCUUUCGUUGAAUUCACAAUGGCUGAAAGUGCGAUUGCGGCUCUCAACUGCAGUGGUGUUGUUCUUGGAACUCUGCCAAUAAGGGUAAGCCCGUCAAAGACGCCUGUUCGGCCUCGUUCCCCUCGCCCUAUGUUGCACUGAACCAACCACCCUAGCACGUUUCUUGAACUAAUUUACUGCUGAUAGAUAUAUUUACGUAUACAUACAUAGAUACCGAAUGUUUUUAAGGUACUUGUGUUUUGUCUGUGCUUUUGUCCUCUGAAGUUCCGCCUGGUAUCGCCAUUAACGUUUGGGGGGUAAUUUAUGGUUUUUAUCUGUUUAGCUUUGUAGAGUUGGAUGGAAUUCUGAGGUGCUGAAUCGUUAAAUUUAUGAUGCACUUUUUAUGAUAGAUGAAAAUGAAUCAUUGGAGGAUGGUGAGACCAAAGAUUAACUGCUGGGAUGUUGCUGACAAACCGAUAAUUCUUACGAUUUCAAGCUUUGUUUAUUAUGUCA